AUUUUCGCGCGGAAAGCCGGGCGUUAUUGAGCCGUGGAAAGCUAAAAUAUAGAAUGUGAAAUAAGAUAAUUACUUUCAGUGUAAUAUUUUUAUUCAUACCUUAUGUUUAACUUGUAUCCGUGCUAAAAUAAGACUUCAAAAUAGUGUAAUUGUGAUAAAAGUUUUGACCUCAUAUCUGGUAUACGAGGAAAUUUUGUUCUUUAGAAUUUGGAUUAAUUUGUGAAUGAUCAGACAGUGGAGGUUACACCAGGUGAUCUCUACCCCUCAAUAUGGCGCAAGCAGGUUCCUCCUGUGAGGCCAUUGAGAAGCGUGUCAAUUUGAAACGAAAGAGGAAUUCAACAGAUGAUGAGGUGGAGAAUAAGCCCCCUGUAAAAGUAACAGCUAAGGAAGAUGAUCUAAGUGACAAUCCAGGCCACAAUGUUGUAGUGGAGUCAUCAUCAUGCUCAAGUGAUGAGGAAAGCAAUGAACAACCAAGAAGUGUGUUCACAGAUAUAGAUUAUAAUGCUGAUAGUUUCUUAAGCCCACCGAGUAUACCUGAACUACCCAAUUGUGUGUUGAGUCCACUAGAAAAUGUGGCGAGGGGUGAAUGUACACCACAUUCUAAUAAAAGGCCCAGUACAAGUAAACCUCUAUGUCCCUCACCACCAAAGCGCAAGUGUCCCUUGCCAGGAUUAUCCUGGGCAGAUCCUACUGACGUGUGGAGGAGUAUGUGUGAGUGUGAUGCGAGGUCCAGCAUGAAAAAGAACCCUAAUAUGUUUGACAAUCAUCCCAAUCUCCAACCGCGGAUGAGAGCUAUCCUACUGGACUGGUUAAAUGAGGUUUGCGAAGUGUACAAACUACACAGAGAGACUUUUCACCUGACCGUUGACUACGUGGAUCGAUAUCUAACCAACACUGACGACGUCCAGAAAGGUCGCUUGCAGCUCAUUGGUAUAACAUGUUUAUUCAUCGCAGCUAAAGUAGAAGAGGUCUAUCCACCAAAAAUAGGUGAAUUCGCGUACGUCACAGAUGGCGCGUGCACGACGGAGGAAAUACUUCUAGAGGAACUACUCAUACUGAAAAUAUUAUCAUGGAGCAUCACCCCCAUCACCAUCAACAGCUGGUUGAACAUAUACAUGCAGCUGGCCAGCGAGGGCCGCAGCGCUAAGCGUCGGCUGCUGGGUGAGAGUGACGUCGGAGCCAACGCCUUGCGCGGGUACACGUUCGUGUUCCCGCAGUACUCGUCGUUGGAGUUCGUGGUGUGCGGACAGCUCGUCGACCUCGCCGUGCUGCACGUCGACGUCAACAAGUUCGCCUACAGCGCCGUAGCCGCGGCGGCCAUCGCGCAUGCCUUCAGCGAGGACCUCGCGUUGAGAGUGUCGGGCUACAGCUGGGAGGCGCUGGAGCCGUGCCACCGCUGGCUGGCGCCGUUCGUGCGCGCCGUGCGCCGCGCGGGCAGCGUGGCGGCCGUGCGCGGCGGCGACGGCGAGCACGUGCAGCGCGCCGCCGGCCUGCGCCUCAUCUGCCCCGACCUCAACCUGGACGAGAGCCACCGCAUACAGACGCACGACGUCUCGCUCGACAUGUUCGACCAGGUGUACCAGCAGAUGCUGGAGCAGACGCAGCACGUAUACCCGCCUACGCCGCCUCAGUCGGGCCACAAGAGUCCGCGCGCGGAAGGUGCGACGCCUAGCGCAUGUGCGGCGCGGGACUGACUCUGCGGGAACCGGUCCUAUUUUGGAGGAUACGGUGAUAUCUUACGAAGAAUUGUACAGUUUUGUAGACAAGAAAACUUCGGUUUAGUCUAAUUGGAAAUAAGCAAUGCGCCUAGUGCGAAUUCUUUUACUAAUUCGACAGCGUUGACGUUGACUGCGAUUUGUAUGGAAUUGCGAUUAUUGUUACUAGACGGCGCUGUUUUCAUUUCAUACAAAUCGCAGUCAUUAAUGUCAACGCUUAUCGAAAUGGUAUGAAAACUCGCGCUCGAAACACUGAUGUACAUAUAGUAUAUGAAUAGUGUAAGUAGCUUGAUUUGUUAAAAAAAAUAUAUAAAAAAAAAAUAAAAAAG